UUAUUGACUAAAUUUUAAUGCACGUUCUGCUCCACACUCCACAGGUCACUGGCGCUUUUGAUCUUCGUGCUGGCGACAUAUUUCACUGCGUCUCAGGCUAGACAACACCAAAUAAGGCACGCUCGACAAAAGAAAAUGGUCAACAACACCGAAUUCGUUUCAGUAAAUUAUGUGGUACUGGACGAGCGACCAGACUUGGGGCCGUGGGGCGAGUGGUCACUACCCAGCUCGUGUUCUCGCUCGUGCGGAGGCGGAGUCGCCUUCCAGAGCAGAAAGUGCCGGCCAGGAUCUGCGUGUCAAGGGCCGGAAAAACGCUACUUCUCCUGCAACACAAUGCUUUGUCCGCCGGGCUCGAAGGACUUCAGGUCGGAGCAGUGCUCCAAGUUCGACACCCAGGACUUUGAAGGCGAUUUAUAUGAGUGGAUUCCAUACACCGAAGGGGCGAAUAAUUGCGAGCUCAACUGCAAGCCCAGGGGAGAGCGCUUUUAUAACAAAUUUGCGAAAAAAGUCGUCGACGGCACGAGGUGCAAUGAUGAGACGCUCGACGUGUGUGUUGAAGGCAAAUGCAUGCCCGUCGGCUGCGACUUGUUUCUCGGAUCUUCUCUGCGUGAGGACAAGUGCAGAGACUGCGGCGGCGACAACUCGGGCUGCAUCACCGUCAGCGAGAUCAUUUCCUUUGAAACCGACUCGAGUGAUGUUGAACGUGGUUACAACGACCUUCUUCUAAUACCCGCUGGGGCAACAAAUAUCUUUGUUAGGGAGCUAAAUCCAACCAACAAUUUACUUGCAAUUAGGAAUGAAAACAAUACUUACUACCUGAAUGGACACUACGGAUACUACCUUAUUAACUACCCCGACCGUUACCAUUUUGCUGGAACUGUUUUCCAUUAUGAGCGCCAACGGAAGAACUUCUGGCUUGAUUCUGAAGUUAUUCGAGCAUUAGGACCAACAAACGAGUCACUUUAUAUCGCACUACUGUACCAAGAAAAGGGAGAAGGCAUUGAAUACGAGUAUAGUUUCUCCAAGGAUGAGCAGUCAGGCGAUUCGGAAAACUACUUUUGGGUUACGCACGAUUUCUCGGAGUGUAGCUCCCCGUGCGGAGGAGGCAGUCAAAACCGCAUGCUGGGUUGUGCCAAGAAGAGCGACAACUCGACCGUGAGCCUGCGACUGUGCAACCCGGUCAAACGACCCGCUACAACACAGAGGUGCAACGAGGAGACCUGCGAUCCCGAGUGGUUCGUCAGUCUCUGGAGCCAAUUCAGGCGGGUUUACUGCCUGCAGAAAAUUAGCAACAGGAUGACGGUGAUUGAGGAUGACGUGUGCAUCAAGAAGUAUGGCGAGAAACCCAUCGCUACUCAGCCGUGCAAUGAAGAGUGCAACAAAGGCAAGCAAUGCAAAUCCUUCUCGGAAGACCAUGAUACCACCGUGAAGACGACUGAAUCUACAAGCAAUCGUGAAGCUACGACAGCAAAGAGUGAGCCAACAUCUUCCCAAAUGGUACACCCCAUAACAACCCCAGCAGGGCCGGAACCACAAACUACGUCAGCUAGUAAUGCUCCUAGCUACGAGUUUAGCUUUUUCCGUCAGAACUGUACAGAUGGAGCUGAGGAGUACAUCGACAGAGAGACUUGUGCUCGAUGCCGUUGCCACAAACCCUGCCAAUCCACCGCUUGUCCCGAGAAAACCAAGUGCGUGGUUGAGACCAUCGUUGCUGACGACCAGUCUCGCCACUUCAGGCCCGUCUGCAGGCAGCUCGAGAAGCCUGGAGUGUGUCCCACGGUAGAGGAGGAAGCAGGUAAUUGCACACAUACCUGCAGAGAGGACGCAGACUGCGGUGGCAAAGACAAGUGCUGUUACAACGGCUGCGCCUACCAGUGCAGCCUCAACCCGUACGCUGUUGACGUAACACCACCGCCCGUGACGACAACGCAAGCGCCUGAACCUGAGCAACCAACGACUUCAGAGCUACAAAUUCACCCGAACUGCACAGACAGUCCGUUUUACGCACAGUGCAAGGUUAUCGUCAAGGGCAAAUUCUGCACGCUCAGGUACUACACCCGCUUCUGCUGCCGCUCGUGUACCGAAGAUGGUCAACUGCCACUCGACGGUGCUCACCUGUACGGCGGCUCCUCCCGAAAAUAAUUAUUGCACAUUGCACUAGUCUUUGCACUAUACAGAGAACCUGAAUAUUUGUCGAUUCGCAACGUACACACUGAUUGUGAGACAGAGAAAUUAAAUUAGCACUUCAAUGCGCUAUUCGAAGUUCGAACGCAGAAUUUAACUAUUAUUGAAAAGGUAGCUCUGACGAAAGUCUUUCCGCCGAUGCCGAUGCGAUCAGAGCAGAAAAUGUGUUCAACCUAUGCCGAUUAGCAGAAAACAUCUUUUCUGGCUGCUACUGGUGUCGAUGAUCAUUUUUUUCUCAGCGUAAAAUCAAUUAAUAUUUAUGUUUCUCUCCCGCACCCGGGAAAAGCUAUAGUUUUAUCUCUUUUGUUAAAUUUACGAAGUUAACGUUCGCCCUAAGACAUUUUUGAUGAAAAGUUAAUAAAUAAAUGCUUUGAAUUGUGCCUUGA